GCCCCGCCGCCGGCCGGCGAAGCACGUCAAGGGCCGCGCUCUCCCUGAAGGCGAGUGAGGCGGAGGGGCUGGUCACCGGGGGUCGACAGGAGCUUCGAGUUCUCGAAGAACUUCGGGAGCAAGUAUGUCUAUCAUGUAGCUAUAUGUUCGGCGGGUGAUAGCGCUGCGCAUCAAAGACCCUCCAGCUUUGGAUUGGCAGAGGUACAGGGAGAGGCUUUGGGGGAGGAAUUCUUGUUGCGAGCUCCCGCCAACAGCCCUCGUUCAUGACGUCCGCCGUGGGGGAGGGAAAUGCGCGCUGGAGCAACUCUGGUCCCUUUUGUGCCCAUGAAGAUGGUCAGCUUUUCGAGGCCAAGACUCCCCACUUCUUCAAGUUCAUGUGCGCCCGCCACAUCCAGGGUGGAAAGCUUACGAUUCCAAAAAAAUUCGCCAGAAGAUAUGGGAAUAAUUUCUCCAACUUCGUGUGCCUCAAUGUGCCUAGUGGUGAUGUUUGGAAAAUGAAAUUGCGGAGGCAAAAUCAUGACUUUUGGCUACAAGACAGUUGGUCAGACUUUGUCAAGCACUACUCAAUCAAACACGGUUACCUCCUAACCUUCAGAUAUGAAGGAAACUCUGUGUUUCGUGUGGUCAUAUUCAAUAGGAGUGCUUCAGAAAUCAAAUACCCUAUGGUUUCUAAAGAAAAUUGUGGGAAAUCCAAGCUCAGUGACGAGCAUUUGUUGUCACAAGAAUUGGAAGAAACUGAGGACAUUAUAAUUGAAAUAUCGGACGAUGAUUUUCAGUCAUGUGAAUGUAAAGGGAGAGAAUCGCCAUCAUUAACACAAGUUCGAUCCCUGAAGAAGAAGAAGAAGAAGAGGAAGACAAAUUCACCAGAUGAUGAUGAUGACUCUUUGUAUGAGCCAUCCAUGGAAACAAGCAGUUAUAGUGGGUCUCCAGAAUGGACUAAAAGUUCAAACGAAGAAGAACCUCAAGCUCAGAAAGAUGAACACGGCGAUGGACACAUCUCCGACGGUAAUAAUCGCCCGAAAUCGGUGCCUUGUUUGACUAACCGACGGUUCAGAGUCCCAGAAGAGGUUGAAGUGCUUUCGAGGGCUGCUUCUUUUGAAACCACGAAUCCAUUUUUCAUAGUCCUUAUGCAAUCAUCCUAUGUUCAGAGUCCAUAUGCAUUGAAUAUACCAGCUGCAUUUUUCAAGACGCACAUCUCUAAGGCUGGCGGAAUCGGUUUCAUGAAGCUACACGACUCUAGCGGGAGGGUUUGGACUGUCCGAUACCAUUCUGGGAUGUACAACACAAAACCAAAGGUUAGGGCCCAAAGCGGUUGGAGAGCAUUUGUGCUGGACAACAGAUUGCGGAAAGGCGACGCCUGUGUCUUUGAAUUGACGACUGCUGGUAAAGCUUCGUUCAAGGUCGUCAUCUACAGAGCCAAACAAUGCUCAAGUCGUGGUUUUUCAUCUAAUACGAUGAGAAACAAUCCCGAGCCAAUCAAGAACCAAACCAAAGACCCAAUCAAGAAUGCGAUUGAAGAGAAGCCGAAAGAAGCUCAACGGAGGCAUUUGGAUGCUCCGGCGGAGGCUCCAGUUAAAAGGGGCAGAGGAAGACCUAGAAAGAAGCGGCCACGCGACGAGAAGAUCGAAGUGAUCAGAACCCAUAAUAAGAAGGCGUAGUAGGGGAAGACCUAGAAAGGUAGACAAGGUGGAAGAGGAGGCAUGGUGAAUUUGUGGUAUGCCUCGAACAGAUCCUUAACAGAGGCAUGUAUCUUUGCUUCAAAUUGAAGAAUAUAUAUUUAUGGAGACAAUUGAGUUUGCUUCAAGUUAAGUGAGAUCAGAUAGGCGCAAAAGAUUCGUCCAUAACAAUUAUUAUACUUAAGGGAACUACUAUUCACGAAUAAGAGGCGCAAUUCGACAA